GGCAGGGCCCAGCCGCCUCCGCCGCCGCUGCCAGGCCUGGCCCGGCCCCGCUCUGCGCCUGCGCGGCGGCAGCGUGGGCGGCGGCGGCGCGAUGGCGCUGGAGACCGUCCCCAAGGACCUGCGGCACCUCCGCGCCUGCCUGCUCUGCUCCCUCGUCAAGACCAUCGAGCAGUUCGAGUACGACGGCUGCGACAACUGCGAUGCCUACCUGCAGAUGAAGGGCAACCGGGAGAUGGUCUACGACUGCACCAGCUCCUCCUUCGACGGGAUCAUCGCGAUGAUGAGCCCUGAGGACAGCUGGGUCUCCAAGUGGCAGCGAAUCAGUAACUUCAAGCCGGGUGUCUACGCAGUGUCUGUGACGGGCCGCCUGCCCCAAGGGAUUGUCCGAGAGCUGAAGAGCCGUGGCGUGGCCUACAAGUCCCGAGACACAGCUAUAAAAACCUAAGGGGCUCUUGUGCUGCCUGGAGGAUUCCCCGGUGCUGCAUUCGGAGAGGCAGCGGGCACAUGGGGCACAGCUCCGAAACGUUUUAGAUUUAGCAUGUGGGAAAGUGAGCCUGGACUCGGGGGGGAGCUUGCUGACUUGGCUCCUCUUGCUCAAUCCCUCUGGACUCUGCCGUACCGUGGUCUGCCCACACAGGCCACAGAGAUUUUUUUUGAGCCUUGACAAGGGGGAGGGCGGGAGUACGUCUGGGAAAGCAGUGUGUAAUGGUGAUGUGCAAGAUUUUUACAGUUGGUGUGGGAAAGAGGAGAGCUGGGCUAUAGCUGUGUAAAUAUUUCAAUAAAACAUGCUUCCUGGA